CCUACCGAGGUAAAGAUGUCUCAGGUAAAGCAGGUGGGACUGCUAGCUGCUGGAUGUCAGCCCUGGAAUAAAGAUGUGUGUGCAGCGAGUGGAGACAGGUUUGCUUACUGCGCUACGCUCGCUAUAUACGUCUACCAGCUGGACCACCGAUACAACGAGUUCAAGCUGCGUGCCAUCAUGUCCGAGCACAAGAAGACCAUCACGGCCAUCUCGUGGUGUCCACACAACCCCGAGGUGUUCGCCAGCGCCAGCGCAGAUAACCUGCUGAUCAUCUGGAACGUGGCCGAGCAGAAGGCCAUCGCUCGCCUCGACAACACUAAAGGUAUUCCUGCCUCAAUAAGCUGGUGCUGGAACACAGGUGAUAGCGUAGCGUUCGUCUCGCACCGCGGCCCUCUGUACGUGUGGGCCGUUUCCGGGCCGGACUCGGGCGUCACUGUACACAAAGAGGCUCACAGCUUCCUGUCGGAUAUCUGCCUGUUCCGCUGGCAUCCCAUAAAGAAGGGCAAAGUGGUGUUCGGUCACACAGACGGGAGUCUGUCCAUCUUUCAGCCAGGCUCAAAGAAUCAGAAGCAUGUGCUGCGUCCGGAGUCUCUGGAGGGAACGGAUGAGGAGGAUCCAGUCACUGCGCUGGAGUGGGACCCUCUGAGUACAGACUACCUGCUGGUGGCUAACAUGCACAACGGCAUCAGGCUGCUCGACUCUGACUCGCUGGCGUGUGUGACGGCGUUCAGUUUACCGAGCGCGGCCGCGUCCGUACAGUGCCUGGCGUGGGUGCCUACUGCCCCGGGCAUGUUCAUUACAGGGGACUCACAGGUUGGCGUGUUGAGAGUGUGGAACGUAUCGAGAACGACGCCGCUGGACAAUUUCAAACUGAAGAAGACGGGAUUCCACGCUCUCCAUGUGUUAAACUCUCCUCCAGCAAAGAAAGUUGCCAGCUCGAUUUCCCCAUCCAAGAACCACUACACGUCAUCUACGAGCGAGGCCGUUCCUCCUCCGACUCUGUCACAGAACCAGGCGUUCUCUCUGCCACCCGGACACGCCGUCUGCUGCUUCAUGGACGGAGGAGUCGGCCUCUACGACAUGGGGGCGAAGAAGUGGGACUUCCUCCGAGAUUUGGGUCAUGUAGAAACCAUAUUUGACUGUAAGUUUAAGCCAGAUGACCCGAACCUGCUCGCGACGGCGUCCUUUGAUGGGACAAUCAAAGUGUGGGACAUUAACACUUUAACGGCAGUGUACACAUCUCCCGGCAAUGAAGGAGUCAUCUACUCCCUCUCCUGGGCUCCUGGAGACCUGAACUGCAUAGCAGGAGCCACGUCCAGGAACGGAGCGUUCAUCUGGGACGUGAAAAAGGGCAAAAUGAUCACAAGAUUUAAUGAGCAUGGGAAGAACGGUAUCUUCUGCAUUGCAUGGAGUCACAAAGAUUCCAAACGUAUCGCCACGUGCAGUGGAGACGGGUUCUGUAUCAUCAGAACCAUUGAUGGUAAAGUGCUGCAUAAAUAUAAGCACCCUGCAUCUGUGUUCGGGUGUGACUGGAGUCAGAAUAACAAAGACAUGAUUGCGACUGGAUGUGAGGAUAAAAAUGUACGAGUCUACUACUUGGCCACAAGCUCAGAUCAGCCGCUGAAGGUGUUUACUGGACACACGGCCAAGGUGUUCCACGUGCGCUGGUCUCCUCUCCGAGAGGGAAUCCUGUGCAGCGGCUCUGACGAUGGGACGGUGCGUAUUUGGGACUACACACAGGACGCCUGCAUUAACGUGUUGAGUGGGCACACAGCUCCAGUACGUGGUCUGAUGUGGAACUCAGAGGUACCGUACCUGCUCACAUCGGGCAGCUGGGACUAUACCAUCCGCGUGUGGGACACCAGGGACGGUACCUGCCUGGACACCGUCUACGACCACGGAGCCGAUGUCUACGGUCUAACGUGCCAUCCGAGUCGCCCGUUCACCAUGGCGUCCUGCUCCAGGGACUCGACUGUGCGCCUGUGGUCACUGACCCCUCUCAUCGCCCCGCUGCUGAUCAACAUCCUGACUGAGCACAGCUGGGAUGACAUCAUCGGAAACACAGAUCGGGCGAUGGUUCCCGGCGCUCCCCCUCUCCUCUGUGGUAAAGUGUCCAGAGAUAUCAAGCAAGAACUUGAUAAACUUUCCAGUGAUGUGCGAACAAAGAAACUGCGCUGGUUCUCUGAAUGCUUCUCGCCUCCAGGAGGGAGCCAUAACCUGUGGGACCUGGUGGCUGUGAUAAAGGGACAAGAUGACAGUUUACUGCCACAGAACUACGGCCAGGGAAUCAUGCACAUGAAACACCUCGUCCGCUUCAAAACGUCAGAGGCCCAGGAGCUGACUAUAGUGAAGAUGUCGAAGUUUGGUGGAGGGAUUGGAGCACCCAGUAAGGAGGAAAGACUGAAGGCUGCAGCAGAAAUCCACCUGAGAUUGGGACAGAUCCAGAGAUACUGUGAACUCAUGGUGGAGCUGGGAGAGUGGGAGAAGGCGUUGUCCGUGGCUCCCGGGGUCUCCAUGAAAUACUGGAAGAAGCUAAUGCAAAGGAGAGCAGAUCAGCUGAUGCAGGAGGGCAACGAUGACGUGAUCCCAUACUGCAUUGCCACAGGUGACGUGAAAAAGCUGGUGAGUUUCUUCACCUCCAGAGGGCAAUUAAAGGAGGCGCUGCUUGUGGCACAGGGAGCAUGUGAAGGUAAUAUUCACGGGCCUGCGAUUACCUCCAUUAACCACUCAGCACCCACAGACAACGACAACAUUGAGACCUACACUGGGCUGUUGCACGGAGUGUGUAGAGAACUCGCUGAGUGGUAUUUUCAGGAGGGUUGUGCAGUGCUGGCAGCCUGCUGUCAUCUGGCUGUAGAUAACACAGAGCUGGCAAUGGCCAGUCUGAUCAGAGGCAACGAGCUGGAGCUGGCGGUGUGUGUGGGGACGGUGCUGGGAGAAUCAGCGCAAGAAGCCACUCAUUACGUCCUGGAGCUACUGGCCAGGAAAUACAUGACCACAGCUACAUGCUUUCCAUGCGUCAGAUACAGGGACUUGGCUGCCAGGCUGCUGCAGAUGAUCCCCGAUAACGAGACGCUCUUAGCCAAGCUGUGUGCUUUUUACCCCGGCAGCUCGGCCGAACGAAACGACCUGCACGACAAGUGUGGUUUGCCGAGUUUGGAGGAGUGUAAGGAUCUGGCGGAGGAGGCUCACAGUCAGGGAGAAAUCUUACAGGCAGUGAAGUAUCAUCUGCUCAGCCCUGAACCUGAGAAGGCUCUCCCAAUCGGCAUUGCAUUCAUCAAAGAGCAGUUGAGUUGUCCUGAUUGGACCGUGGACUCGGUUUAUCCCAUCCUCGACCUGCUGAGCUACAUCAGGACGGACCGGCUCGUUCUGACCAAGUGCAGUGAGGAGCGGAACGAGCUGCUCAUUCUCUGCGGCUACAUUGGAGCGUUAUUGGCUAUAGGAAGGCAGUACUCCAGCAUCGUCCCUGCACUGUAUGAAUACACAAGUCAGUUAUUAAAGAGGAGAGAAGUGGAUUUACCGCUGCAGAUUGAACAGCUAUCAGUGGAGCUGGAGGCCUGGAGAGCCUGCACACACUCUCUCAACAAAGGAGCGGAGGAGACGCCGUACACUCCUCCAACAGAGGCACAGAGGGCAGAAUACACACUCCUCCUGAGCCGAAUGAGGGCGGAGCCUCUGAAGGGUCUGCAGGGGCCGGACUACGUCACGGGCUCCAGCUUGCCCAGCCACUCGGACGUCCAGAUCUCCUGCUUUACUGGCCUCAGGAUACAGGGUCCCGUGUUCUUCCUGGAGGACGGCAAGUCAUCCAUUUCGCUAAAUGAUGCGUUGAUGUGGGCCAAGGUGAAUCCGUUCUCUCCACUGGGGACGGGGAUACGCCUCAAUCCCUUCUAAACACACACACACAGUCACAUGCACACACUGUCUCAUAGUCAUACACAUGUAGAGACAGUAUUACAUUCCAGUCGAGGACAAAGACACAAAGGCCACAAUCUUGGGAAAUGGACAUGAAAGGAGAAACCAGGCUCGACUCGAUGCUUACUGUUUAUGUUCAGCGGCAUGAGAACGCAGUUAUCAGUAUUUUCCCAUCGCCAUCACUUCCGAUGGAAUCAUGAACGCAGCUGAAGGACCUGAUUUUGGUCCAUUUUUUAGAUUGGAUUUUCAAUUGUAUUAAUCCUAGACCAUGAAAUAGAUCUUUUCUGGAAUCAACUCAUAUCCCUGGAGGAGCUGGUGAUCAUCUGCAUAUGAUGAGUACUUUUAUUUAUUUAUUUAUUUUUUAUUUUGCUUCUUGUUUUAUUGCUUUAGUGCUAAACUAUUUUGGUGUUAAAACCCACAACACAAUUCCAUGCCAAAUGCUAGUGUGUGCUAGAAAAACCGUUAUGACCUUACACUACAGUACUAGCUACAGUGUAAAAGUAAAUCAGCUAAUUAGCCAUUAGCAUACCAGAACACAUAGCUACAACCUGAUCCUAAUCUCACCUGAUUUCUAGCUAAAUGUUGCAAAUAACAACAGUAAAUGCUAACUUUGCAUUGUGUAAAUCUAUUUGUUGCUCAAAGCCAUUUCUCCAGUGUUAAAAAUCUAAUGCAUAGAGAAUAUUAACUCAUGCUCAAUUGAAAAUAAUGGCUAUCAAGAUGUGUACUAGCAUGUAAGGGUUUCUUAAAAUGCCCAAUGUAUUACUAGCAUUCAGGACACCAGUUUAACUCCAUUAGAACUAAAAAAAAAAACAAGCUUUAACAUGUAGGUUAGAUUUAUGAUGCUGCUUUCUAUUCAGGGAUCUUGGUUUUAGAGGUUUUUUUAUAUACAUAAGUUCAAGCUGUGCUCAAUAUGUGUACGACGUCUGUAUAACUGUAUUAGGGGUCCAAGCACUUAGUUUCUAUUGUGCAUAUAAAAUCGAGAUUGUAGUGAGUCAAACAAAUUUUGGAAAUUAGAUGAGUCUAUCCACAACUCCUAAGAGUUUGCCAAAAGGACCUUUACACUAGACUUAUUUUUUUUCUUUUAUUCAUCUGAGGUUUGAGUUUGAAGCAGUUCAUGAAGUCUGAACUCAAAUAAUCCAAUUUCUUUUCUAUUUUUCUAAAACUCUAUAUAUGAUGAUGCAUUUGGUUUAGGAUUUGAUUUG